CUCCAAAAACCCGCGUCCCUCGUCGCUCUCGCUCGCCAUCUGCCCCAAAAUUUCGAACGCCAAACCCUAGCCCUCGUUCUCCAUCCCAAGUCCCGUCUCCAUGGACUUCGGCGGCAGCGGUGACCGCGGCGGCAUCAUCGCAUCGCCGGGGACGGAGGACGAGAAGCUCACGCGGAGGCGCUCCCGCCGCGUGAGCUUCGCGGACACCACCGCGGUGCAUGUGUUCGACCGCGACGAGGACUUCGAGACGCCCCCCGAGGAGCGCGAGCCCGGCUCGGCGUCCCCGUCCCCCGCAAGGUCCUCGGCGGAGCGGGAGGAUGUGGACGACACCGAGGAGUUCCACCGGCCCCCGGUCAUCUUCCUGCCAGACAUCGAGUCAUCGUCCCCCGGCAGCACCGCCGGAUCCAUCGCCUCAGCUGAUGAUGAUAACUUCUUUGGACCUGUAUCGACAAGCUUUAUUCAAACAGGAAGACCAUCGGAUUCUGGAAUAUCAGAGGAUGACAACCAUGAUAUAACUAUGGAUUCCACGAUGUUCUCGAUGCAUUUUCGCAACAUUGAUCCACCAGAUGACUGUACAGCCAACUCAGCUGCCAGUCUAAUGACACCUAAUGUGGAAUCUAAGGGACCCUUGAAAGAACUUACUGUAUCUGAUCCUGGAAGAACAUUGAGUAGUGAUCGGACUGACAUGAGUUUGUUGACUGGUAACCCCAGGAGUUAUGAUUACGGUAAGCUACCACCCACAUUGAACAGUAUGAUGCAGAAGGUAAAUGGGGGGCAGCAAACAGAGUUUCCGAAAGCUGGAAUAGCUGAUGUAACUCCUGAUUGUGUUUUAACCUUGCCUUCAUCUGAGGAAGAAAAUAGGGAAGGAAACUUGUGCAUUGGCAAUGGUACAUCUUCUGGUGAGCUGAGCUCUGAUAAUACUAUCGCGGAGCACAUAUCCAUGAGUGAUGAUCAUGAGAAUUCCCAGAAUUGCAACUAUGACCGCAUGGUUGUUGACCCUGGUGUCAAUAAUACUGUAGAAGCUCCGGCAAAGCUUUCAUCAGUACAUAAAUCCUCUGUGAACAAUGGUGACUUACAAUCCCAUCUCUUACAUCAAUCUUUGUUGAAAGAUCAAUCACCUGGAACAAAUAACACUACAGAUGCUUCCCAACUGUCAAAUGCUGCUCCUGCCAUUUUGCUGAUGGAUGCUGAGCAGCUGCACCAGCAAAAUAAAGUGAUGGAUACAGAAACCAUUCUAGAUACUCCAAGAAAUGUAGGUCAGCAGUUGCAAGUUCUACAAGGCUCUAUAUCCUCCCUACGCUCGAAAAGGCAGAAAAUCUUCACUGGUACUCCUCUAUCCAACAGUAAAGUGGCAAGUGAGGAGGCUUGUUCUUUGGGUAGCGAGUUUGUUGAACAUGGCAAGAGAAUAUCUGCUCUGAAGAAUGUGCUGAAGACCAGGCUUCAAGAAUCGCCUGCAGCUUGCAGGUUACCAUUGGUUGAAAAGAAUGAACUUGGUCAUCAAGCAAAUGACAUGGUCAGAAAUACUGAAGAUCAUGAUUCCACCUUAUCUGUUUCUUCUAAUUCUGUUCCACGACAUCAACUGAAGAAAACUGAUGAGUCUUUUAUCCUAGGCACUCCAAAAGAAGGGCUAAAUGAAGCCACUAGGGUUCAGGAUACUUCACGUCAUGUCCUUACUUUGGAUAGCCAACCUAGUCAUGAAUGCAAUCCCCUCCUGGAUUUAGAUGUUGGAAGAAAAAGAGCUGCUACAGAAAAUGGUCAUGCUCAGCAAGAGUGCCCUGAGGAAAUAGCUAAGGCAGCAAGAAGCCCCAAAAAAUCAAGAAAAGUGCUUUCUUGUGUAUCUCAAUCUUCUCUUAUGAUUGAAGAAAAACAGAAUGGUGCUCUUGGUAAUGGGCAGUUAGUGAAUGUUGAUUGGGACAAGGCACUAUGUACCAUCUCUAAUGCAACGGAGCAAGUUUUGUCAGCAUCAAUAAUUAAGCUUAAUUUACAACAGCUUGAUAUGCUAAGCGGUAGGCUGGAUGAGAUUCAUGUGGCUAGAAAAUAUAAAAGGCUUGCUACUGCUGUGAGGAUCAAAGAUUUUUGUGGUGAUAAGCAAAAGAGAAUAGAGGAGGCAAGAUCUCUCCAUGAGAAGCUUUUUUAUGAGAAGGCAAAGCUUCAAAUAAAUAAAAUGAAGCUAGCUAAACUCCAAAAUGAGGCUCAGCUAUAUCAAGAUGGAAUUCAAGAGUGCCGCUUUCUGAAAUCUAAGAUUUUGGGUGCUGAACAAAUGAAGGAUGCUUGUCUUCCUGCAGCAACUUCAAUCAAUGCCAGUGAUAGACAGGUAGAGCUUGCUAUUCUGACCGAAAAGCAGCUUGAACUCAACAAUAUUCAACAGAAGGUGGAGCACUUAAGGAGUUCCCUUGAUUGUUUUCGCAAUAUUGAAGGUGACAUUAAUUAUGAUAGUGUUAUGCGGCAUGCUGAGGAGCAGUUGAAGAUGAGAAAUCAGUGUCACUUCAUCCACCGGCAAGCAGGGCUCCCAGAGGUAACUGACUUCGUUAAAAGGGACAACAAGCGUGAGCUCAUCCUCAACUAUCACAAUUUGCUGUUCCAAAGGAUCAUCAUAAACAUCAGUGAUAAGUCUAGCAUAUUUGUGAAUAAUUCACUGAAUGGAACCAAAAUAGGACAGACAUUCCCAAAUUUGGAUGCAUCUGUGGCAUUCAAUUUUGUUUUCAAAGCUGAGGAGAACCAAAGAGUUUGUGAUUUGCAAUCCUUGCAGAAGACCACGAUGGAAACAAGUUUGCUUCUGGGUAAUCUUGUUGAUGUUUUAGAAGAAAUCAAGUUAGCCAAAAUAGAGUUACUAAAUCUUAGUUCUGCUGCUUUUGUCUUGGAGUCCCAGACAGUGUUUGCGCUGUUUUGUGUGUUAGGUGAACUUGGCCUCUGCUUUUGCUUCAUGAGCUUCAAGAGCAGCAAGAAGUUUGCUUUCAUCAUCAACAUGACAGACUUGAACCGCUCGGUCUAUCCUUCCGACCCAUCUGAACUGCCGAUCAAGGUUUGCGAAACUCAGACAACACUAGCACAGCCAAGCAUAGAUGAGACCAUGGCUUCUAUAAGGAACCUGCAACCUGGUUGCACAGUGAUACUACGGUUGUGCCGGAUGGUAUCUCGGCUGAUUAAUUCGUUGGCAGUCUAAGUGAGCACCGGAGUACAGCAUGUAGGAAAGUAGACAUCAUCCAGAUGUGUAGGCAGUAGGCAUUAUCAGUUUUCUGUAAGUAGGUGUGCAGCUGUUGGUAAAUGUUCGGAUCUAUAUAUCAGAACGUCGAGUGGGUUUGUUGCUGCAAGUGGAAACCAAGUGGUUUGGUUACCGCAAAUCUUGUAACUGCCAUUGUAUUGAAGCAGCACUAAGGAGUUGAUAGUCCAUGUACUUCUGUUAUAAACAUGGUGUCAUUUGCGUUGGUUAACCGAAAUGCAAAUUACUAGUCAGCCAGUUGAAAAACGCACAA